UGGCGGCGCGACGUGAUGACGUCAGGCCGACAGAGGGCGGGGCGAGGGCGGCGGCGUGAGCUCGGGUACCGCGGACACCUCCUCGUCCUCCUCAACCGUGUUCCCCUCAGCGUCCUCCUGCGCGCCGUCCUCCUGUUUAGGGUCCUGAUUCUCCAGAUCCCCCUCCUCGGCGACCCGCUCCUUAGCCUCCCCUCCUCGUCCUCACCCUCGGCUUCCUUGUGCCACCCGCCGCCGCCGCCGCCGCCGCCAUGGGCCCGCGCCCGCCGCGCCGCAGGGCCGAGGACAGCUGAGGCGCGGCGCGAAGAUGGGCGAGGGCGGAGCAGGGCCCGAGCGCCAGCCCGAGCAGCCCGGGCGCCCCGCGCGCGCCCGCCCGCGUCGCCGCGGGGAUGCCCGCGCCCGCCGCCGCGCCCUGAGCGCCUUUGUCUGCCGCCCGCGCCGCCCGCCGUUCCACUGGCCUCGCGGGCCUGCGCCGCGGCCGGGGGCGCGCCCAUGAAGAUGGAGCCGGGCCGGCCGGCCUCCCCCUCGGGCGGCCCGGGCCCCGACCCAGACCCCGGCGGGCCCGGCGCGCCCUCCGCUCCCGCCCUCCACCUGGGGCUCGGCCCGCAAGACCCCGAAGCCGGCCCGGAGGCCGGACGGGGCCCGGGGCCGGAGCGGAGGCCUCAGCGCCUUGGCCGGGCCCCAGACCCGGACCCCGACUCCGAUCCCGACCCCGACCCCGACCCCGACCCGCCGCUGUCGGAACUAGGCCCGCUUUAUUCCUGGACCGCUGAGCCGGAGGGUGACGGCCCCCCAAGCUGCCCGCACAGCGCGACAGCCCGCGCGCAGGAUUUCAGCCGCAGCCACCACCUGCGGGGCGAGGUCGACUUCUUCCCCCCCUUCCCCUCGCCCGAGGUCGGCGAGCCGGCGCUGGAGCUGGGUCCCGGGGACCCGGACCGGCCCUCGGACUUCAGCCAGACCCGCCCCUUAACGAGCGAGCCCGCGGGGUGUCCGGAGGACGCCCCCCGGCUCCGAGCCGUGUUCGAAGCCCUGGACGGGGAUGGAGACGGCUUCGUCCGCAUCGCGGACUUCGUCCAGUUCGCCACCGUCUACGGGGCAGAGCAGGUGACGGAGCUAACGAGCUGCUUGGAUCCCAGUGGGCUUGGCGUGAUUAGCUUCGAAGACUUCUCCCGAGGGGUCAUGGCGAUCAGGAAUGGAGAUCCCGACGGCCAGGGCCAGCUCUACGGUGUCCCGCCCGCUCCCGAGGAGGAGUCGCCGGCCUGCCCUGAGGAGUUCGACGACUUCGUGACCUUUGAGGCCACCGAGGUGACCGACAGCGCGUACAUGGGCUCCGAGAGCACCUACAGCGAGUGUGAGACCUUCACGGACGAGGACACAGGCGCCCUGGGAGCCACGGAGGAGCCUGGCCACGGCGCCACGGAGGAGCCCGGCAACGGCGCCCUGCUGCUGCUCCCGGGCAGGUCCUACCUGCACAGCCAGUCGGUCCUCGCAGUCAUCGGGGGCGAGGAGCACUUUGAGGACUAUGGCGAGGGCAGUGAGGCGGAACUGUCCCCGGAGACCCUGUGCAACGGGGAGCUCGGCUGCAGAGACCCCGCCUUCCUCCCCUCCAGUCCGACGAGGCGGCUCUCCAGCAGGAAGGUGGCCAGGCACCUGCACCAGUCCGGGGCCCUGACCAUGGAGGCCCUGCAGGACCCUCACCCGGACCCCGUGGAGGGCAUGGACGAGGACAUCGCUGACAAGGUCAUCUUCCUGGAGAAGCGGGUGUCGGAGCUGGAAAAGGACACGGCUGCCAACGGGGAGCAGCACAGCCGGCUGCGGCAGGAGAACCUCCAGCUCGUGCACAGAGCCAACGCCCUGGAGGAGCAGCUCAAGGAGCAGGAGCUGCGAGCCUGCGAGAUGGUUCUGGAGGAGACGCGCAGGCAGAAGGAGCUGCUGUGCAAGAUGGAGCGAGAGAAGACCAUCGAGAUCGAGAACCUGCAGGCCAGGCUGCAGCAGCUGGACGAAGAGAACAGCGAGCUGAGGUCCUGCACGCCCUGCCUGAAGGCCAGCAUCGAGCGCCUAGAGGAGGAGAAGCAGAAGUUGCUUGAUGAGAUCGAGGAGCUAUCGCUGCGGCUCAGUGAUGAGCAGGAGAACAGGAGGAAGCUAGGUGACAGGCUGAGCCACGAGAGGCACCAGUUCCAGAGGGACAAGGAGGCAACCCAGGAGCUGAUCGAGGACCUGCGCAAGCAGCUGGAGCACCUGCAGCUCUUCAAGCUGGAGGCGGAGCAGAGGAGGGGCCGCAGCAGCAGCGCAGGCCUGCAGGAGUACAACAGCCGCACGCGGGAGAGCGAGCUGGAGCAGGAGGUCCGACGGCUGAAGCAGGACAACCGCAGCCUGAAGGAGCAGAACGACGAGCUCAACGGGCAGAUCAUCAACCUGAGCAUCCAGGGCGCCAAGAACCUCUUCUCCACGGCCUUCUCCGAGUCCCUGGCCGCAGAGAUCAGCUCCGUCUCCCGCGACGAGCUCAUGGAGGCCAUCCAGAAGCAGGAGGAGAUCAACUUCCGCCUGCAGGACUACAUCGACAGGAUCAUCGUGGCCAUCAUGGAGACCAACCCGUCCAUCCUGGAGGUCAAGUAGAGGCAGCACGGCCCCCGCGCGCCCCCGGGCCCGGACGCAGGGCCCCCGGCGGCCCCGGCACGCCCCUGGGCGGCGCGGAGGGGGCCCCCGGCGGCUCUGACCUCCCGCCCCGCCGCCUCUGUGUGCCCGGAGUUGGGGAAAGCCCCUCUAUGACUGCCGCCGCUUCCCGCCGGUCAGGGCAGAACGGAAGGAAACGGGUCCCCACCAGGGUGCUGCUCCCUGCACCCCACCAGGCACCCUGACGGUGCCAUCCAGGCCUCCGCUGCCCCAGACGGCGUCGAGGCCCCGGGACCCUGGCGCCCGAGGUGGGGUUGGGAAGACAAGUGGGCAAGGCCAGUGCAGGCCAGGUCUGAGCUGCAGGCCCCUCCCAGCUCCUUGGGCUCCUCAGGCUACCACCCAGCCAGAAGGGACCCCCUGGUCCAGCUUCGGGCCCCGUGCCCCCCAGGCCACGGGCUGUGCCCACCGCCGGACCUGCCGUAGUGACCCUGGGGCGCCAACUCUCCCGUGACUCCAGAGUCCGCCUGGCGGCGGUGGCAGCAGCUGCCCCUCUGACCCUGGGGGGUGCAGGCAGGGCUGUGGCAGGUGCUGCCGCCAGGGCGUGCCCUCCCUCCCUGUGCGGGUCUCUGCCGCCCCGCAGGUGCAGGCUGCUGGAACCACGUUUCCUUGGGGAGUGUGACGUCUUUAGGAGGUGAGGUGGCGCCUCCCCGAGGUGCACCUGGCAGGAGGCGGGUCCGGGCGGGCUCUCCAGGUGCUCAGAUCAAGGCCUCCCUGGGACGAGCGUUCCGUCCAGGAGGCCUCUGCCCGGCGCCUGCACCGCCAGGAGCAGCCGCGUCUCCCCGCGGGCUGCAGGGCCUGGCCCUGGGCCGAGCACUGGCCAGUAGCCGCCCGGUGCUGCCAGGUGGGUCACGGCUGUGUGCAUGCACCCGCGUGUGAGCGUGUGCGUGGCCUUGUGCCCCUCCCCCCUCUGCGUGGCCCACCUUCUGCCCUAGGAUUUAAGAUGCAGCCACGUGUUGCACAUGUGGGGGGAAGGCCUGGCUGUAUAUCAGUGUAAACUUGGAGGAGAGAUUUUUCUAUCAUGUAGAGUAGGUAUUUUUUAUAGAUUGAAGGUUGAUCAAUUUUUUAAUACUUCCGAGAGAGAAAACUAUCUGUGUGUACACAUGAAGUAUAUAUAUGUACCAUAAUAAACACUGGGAUUCUGCCUCCC